CGAGCGCAAUAUAUAGUCAUAGACGUGAUUGCGAAUUGCUUUCGCGAGAUGUUAAAUAGUACGACCUUCGCAGUCGAAUACAAUUACAUGUGCUAUAGAUUUAGAAAAUUAUUAUUUGAAAAUGAGCGCGAGGUGAAUUUUUUUUUGUUUUAGUUAUAGAUCCAUCGCAGUGAUUUUUGCACGCAUGCUGUUUCUUUCCCGUUACAUUACUUUCGCGCAUAGUCUAAUACGAAAUUACUGAAACGAUGAAAUAUUAAUGCAUAUUUUAAAAGAUGUGAUAGGAAUAUAAAAUGAAAGACGUCUUUUAAACGCUUAACAAGUACACAAUACUUAAGCAUUAUGUACCUUCCAUAUUCACCAGAAAUCGUUCGUCAUUUCCAAAGUGAAAGUUAUCGUUAGUGCUCCAUAAGAGCAUAGUAGGAGAGUUGGCAAUUUAAAUGCUUACAACAAUCGUUCAAACUGAAUUCUUUCUAGAUAAAGAGAGAGAGAGAGAGAGAGAGAGAGAGAGAGAGAGAGAGAGAGAGAGAGAGAGAGAGAGAGAGAGAGAAAGAGAGAGACAGAGAGACAAAGAUCAGUACAAGUUCUAUAAGUCACACGAGGAUAUUAGAAUUACUACAAUCCUGAAAUUGUGUAUAGUGAUCAAAAUGUCUUCAAGACACUUGCAGUAUAGAUUCAAGAUUGUUAGAGUUCUUGUUUGACUUAUAAAACGCAAGUGUAAUAUUUAUCUAUUAAUUUAUUAGUAGACUUAAGUUGACCAUUCGUAGUCAAUAUACAUACGUGGACGUAAAAUAGAAAGCAGUAGGGAUAUCUGUAAUAUUAGUUAUUUUGAGAAACGGAUUCAACACGACAUUCAGAAAAGACAAAAAUUACUACAACGCUGCAACAAAAGCGUAACUAUUUAUAUAUGAAUUGAUCAGAAAAUUUUUCCUUUGAAUUCGGGUUUUAUUAUUAUCGUGUGCAAUUUUUGAGAGGAUAAAAAGUUUAGGGGAAUUUUUAGAGAAGAAAAAAAUUAAGAUUUUGGUAUUUUUAAUCUCCCCCAAAAAUUCCCUGCAAUAAUAAUAAAACUCAAAUUUACAAGAAAAUCCCCCAACCUGACAUCUCUAAUAAACUAUUUUUAAUCUAUUUCUGAACUGACUAUUUUUAAACUAUUUCUGAAUCUGUCGAAGUUAAUGUAAAAAUGUAACUCUCGUUUAUUCUUCCAUACUACAGAUUAUCUAUAGUCGGACGAAACUUCUUCCACGUUUAUAGAUGCGAUCUUGCGUGUAAUCAGGAGAACUUUUGUCAUACACAAUUGUAGAAGAAAGCAUGCGCCACUAGCUACAGUAUUUGUCACGAUAGACUUACUCAACACAUAUAUCCCGUUUGUUGGUUUCCUAGUAUUAGAUAUCAGAAAAAUAAUUUUAAAAGACGAGAUUCAAUCGUUUCCAAAAUACUAUUCUAAUGUGUUAGUUUUAGCAAAGAAUCGAUUUCCAAUCGCGUUUUUAAUCAAUGGCGCACAGCACCAAAUUAUUUAAAUGUAUACACAUCACGUAUUUUUACAAAGUAUCGAUGCGCACGUGCAAGCGAAAGAUACGUUAUCGUUCACCAUUCACCACUUAAAGUUAAGCUUUCUUUAUUUUGUUCUUGGUUGACGGAUGUGAAACUUUCUGUUAUCUCUUACGGCUAGUAUUAAUAUGACUCUUACCAUUAUAAUAAUUAUUAUUAUUCAGCCUUAUUAUUAUAUUAUUAUUAUUAAUACUUUUAUUAACAUUGAUUUACGUUGUAUUUUGUAUGAUUUUUGUAAAUAAUCGUUAAUAUAUAGAGCAACAAACACGCGUAAGCAAACUGGCACAAAGAAGAGGAACAACGACGUUCACUCACACGUAAUACCAAAGUUUAAUGUAGUAAAACUCACAACUUUUUAUUUUCCUCACUCAUUAUUUUCCCGAUUUCCAUUAUUAUUUUCAUUAUUUUUUGCAGGUUGAAAGAAAAUUGCAAAUUUUAUUUAGUAAACUCUUCGUCAAAAUGUAAAAAAUAGAACAUUAUUUUUAUAGCUAUUUUGAUGACUAUUAUAUUUAUCACUGCCUUCGCAAUCGUCGCCUCGACAUAUCUCUUUCGAGAAAUAUGUAAAAGUCUGUUCUACUGCUUAACGUGAUUAAUUGUACCAACAGUUUAUAUACUAUUGAAAAACAACGGCCGAAAUACUAUCGCUGUAGUAUCGCUAAUUUAAACAUUAGCUCCUCUUUCGCAUACAAAAAUAUUUCUACCAAAGUAAAAAAAAUUACGUAAAAAGGACGAUAAUUAUUUUUUUAAGUUGAUAAGCACGAAAGAGAAAAACUAUGUAAUUGAAGAUACUGACUAAAAUAACAGUAUUUCAAAUAAAUUUAUGUUACUAUAAAAUUAACAUCUUUCAAUAUCUUGUGGUAACUAGAAGACUCGAUAGGGAUAUUUUUCAAAUCUGUUGAUAUUUUUAUUUUUCUGAUGUUUGAUCAGAACGCUGAUUAGAGUACACGUAGCGCCAUUUAAAUAAAAUUUUGUAUAUAUUAUUGUAUAUAAAGUACAUAAGAUUCAAAAUCUCAUGCACAUUUUCCAGUAAUGAGAUAUAUUCAGAAAGAAAAUAUAUACGAAUUAUUCUAAAUACAUUAAAAUUGUUGUAAAAAAGAACUCUGAUGAAAAAAUGUCUUAAAAUUCUUCAUAUAGUUUUUACAGAAUUUCUGUAAUCGCAGAUGGCAAUGUAUCUGCAUUGUUGCAUUAAAGUGUUGUUUGCUAUCAUAAACAUGUAUUGCUAUCAAAAUUGUUGCAACUGAGUUCACAUUCAUUAACGUCUUCACAUUAUAACAACUUGGAAUAGGCAACUUCUCAAUGACUUGCCGGUAGAGUUAGAUUUUUUAAAAUUUUAAUUAAAAUAAGUUAUGCUAAAGGGCAUAGCAGGGUAAGCAUGUGUGUGCUGCCCGCGCACGAAAAUAUUCUAAGAUUUCUAUUUUUGAAAAAGAAAACUUUAAAAUUUGAAGUUAAAGUAUUUUUUGUAAAAUCUUCAUAAAUUAAAAAUUAAAAAAUUCUUAAAAAAUGAGAUAUAAGAACUUUUUUCAUCAGGGAAAGAUAUAAAAAUCGUUUCAAAUAUAUUAAAUUGAAAAUUAAACCUGAUUAAGGGUGUCGUGUAAUCGUAGUCAUUGUUAGGUGUCGUACAUUACACUGUAUAUCAUAUUCUAUUUAACUGUAGCAAACUGUGCUACUGUUAAAUGAGUAUCGACAAUCCGUGUCAAUUUGUGUCUCUUAAAAGGAAGCCAAUAUUUGUUAUUAAAUCUGGUCUUGUUUGUUUUUCCUCAAAAGAGAUAACUAAUUUUAGCAGCGGCAUUGUCAGUAUUUUCAGAAGGCAACCUAUAUUGAAACUUGUUUAAAUUUUGGCGCUUCCACAUUUGAAACCAAUGAUGUCAGUUAUUUCGAUUCCUCCCUAGAGGAUCCCUAGUUUACAGUAUACGAGACUAUAGAGAGUCUCCGAGCUCUGGCGGAAAACUUACCGAGUUUGCGCGAUUCUCCUGCAAGAGUCGGCGAUCCUCGUUACCCGGCGUCAGAGUGACGGACUGCGGAUGCGGACAGUGCGGACACCGCAGUUGGCGCCCGUCGUUCGUGCUGUGUGUUGUGUUAUUGAUACAAGAAAAACCGAAGAGAAGUGGUAGGAAGAGCACACACGCGUGCGCGCGCGCGCGCGUAUAGCGAGGCGAACCAAAAUGGCUAAUUGUCAGACUGGUUGGUGCAGCAGGCAAUACCUGCCGCUUUGGACUCGGCUACUGGCAUGCGAGGACGUCGAGUAUCCGUGUUGGUAGACGGCAUCGCACGUCCGCGCGCGCAAAUACACACGCGUUCGCUCGCUUGCUCUCUUUCUUUUCUCUUUGCUGCGCUCUGAGACCCACCACCAAGCAGCAUGGCUUCUGGUGCAUCCUCUUUGGACAGCGCUGGGAGUAGCGAUGGUGCACUUAACAUGGAGGGGGAUAGCGGGAGCUACGGCAGUGUUGGAAGCCCAGUUGGUGGCCCCGAGUGUCGUAGCGAGUAUGAGGGUUUGCAGGCUCAAUGUGAUCAGGCGAUGCAUCAGCUUCAGCUACUUAGGCAUAAGCACUCCGAUACCAUAAGACGGUGUGAGAUUACUAUGAAAGAAUUGGAGUACUACCGGGGGCAACACAUAGCAGUCAUGAAUCAGCUGGAAGCCACAUCGCAAGAGAGCUCCUCAUUACGAGCGAAAUACAGUGAUUUGGCGAACGACAAACAACGACUGGACCGGGAGGUCCAAUCAUUGCAAAAGGAGCUCUCGGAAUUGCAGCGCAUGCAAAACCAGGAGGUUCUCGUUACUGACGCCGCGGGCAAUGAUACUAUGAAUCAGCACUAUCUGUCCGCGUUACGAAAAUACGAGGCUGUUAAAGACGAAUAUGAUUCUCUCAGGAAGCGAUACGACGACCUGAUAGCAUCUCAUUCUUCCGCCGUUAAUAAGCUAGAGUUAUCGCAAGAGGAGGCCAAGAGGCUGAAAAAGCAGUAUGACACCGUUCUGGAGGAGCGUAACAAUGCGAUCCGUGAGCGCAACGGUCUGAAGCAACAGUGCACCGCCGCAAUUCGCCAGUGGGACAUCGCAUUAAGGGAAAGAAACGAGUAUCGCGAGGCGCUCACCAAGGUGCAGCAGCAACACGAGGAGGCAGUUAAAGAAAUCAAUCAGGCAAUGAUGAUGCGAAUGAAGGCUAGCAAGGAUAUGAAACGUCUUACAGAGGAACGUAAUGCUGCUCUGCAGGAAUAUAGUCUGAUUAUGGGAGAACGGGAUACAGUGCACAAAGAGAUUGAGAAGCUAGGCGACGACCUCGCACAAGCGUACACAAAAGUUACACAUCUGGAAACUGAAAAUAAACAACUCGUCGACGAGAAAAAAACACUGUCUUAUCAAAUUGAGACACUGAAAAGGGAAAUUUCUUCCGCUUUGCAAGACAGAGACGAAGCCCUGAAGAUGUGUAACGAGUUACGACAGAAAUUUGGUGAUUACUCUGAAGGUUCUAGCAGAGACCAUAAGCAUCGUUUGGAAUUAAACUCACUUAGUCACGAACGCGAUAGCGUUAGCAAGGAAGCUGAGAAGGAGACCAACACUCGGGAUUAUGCGACGCGAGACAAACAACGUAUGGACAAUUUGGAGCAAGCUAAUUUGGAAUUGGACAAACUCAGGAAAUCCGUAGAUACACUUCAAGCCGAACUUGAGGAGGCUCUUCAGGAGGCCGAAGUGUCGAAAAGGAGAAGGGACUGGGCUUUCAGCGAGCGCGACAAAAUAGUACUAGAACGGGAGAGCAUAAGAACCUUGUGUGACAGAUUGCGGAAGGAACGCGAUCGCGCGGUCUCCGAGCUGGCAGGUGCUCUACGCGACUCGGACGAUAUAAAAAAACAGCGAAAUGAGGCGUCGAAGGAGCUGAAGGAUCUGAAGGAGAAGAUUGAAUUCGGCGACCAUGCACUGCGCACUAGUCAGGUGGCGCAAAUCGACGAUAGUAACGAUUGGGAGAUGAUUCCGAUUCAUGUCGAGCCUGGCAGAAUCUGCCUAGACUCGGAUCGCGGCGAUCUAGGAUUGAUUCUCGUUGGUGGUCGCGACAGUCCGUAUUAUCCAAACGACACCGGAGUUUAUGUUGCGCAGGUGACACAAGGUAGCGCCCUCGACGGUAAAUUACGGGUCAACGACUGCAUUGUGCGUGUGAACAACGUCGAUUGCACGUCUAUGUCGACUCGCGUAAUUCUGGAAACUUUGCGUUCGUCUACUGUGAAUCCGGCAACACUACUCGUAAAGCGACGUCGGAUAACCAGGCGAUCAUUACGAACUACGCAGCUGUCGGUUGGCACGGUGCCACAUGGUAUUACUCUAGAACUUGGAAUCUACAUCUCGAAAAUAUCGCCCGGAAGCCUAGCCGCCAAGGAUGGAAAUCUUGCCGUAGGAGACAGAGUAUUAAAUAUUAAUAGUAAACCCAUGGAUAACUUAACGGCGCAUGAAGCAAUGACCAUUCUAAACGACGAUACUGUAGACGUAUUGACAAUUACAACGUUGAAGGGUAUUCCUGUACCAUCAGCCGCCAGCUCGGAGACGGUGGCGAUAGACGGUAGUUUCGUGGAGAAGCAAAAGAUGGUAAACAGCUGCUCACAAACCGAACAGGAAAGAAUGAUGCUGAAAGCCUCGUCGGACGAUUACGAACGACGAUACCUGUCGACGAACUUUGCCGAUCGUAACGUUUACAAGGCGGCGAAGUCCGUGAGCGGCGAGAAAUCAAGUGGGAUCAGCAACGCCUGGGACAAUUUCCGGGAGAAAAUUGACAUAGUGCGUGGCCGCAAGCACAGCAAGGAACGCGACGAGAGCAAAAAGAAGAGUCAUCGCAACUCUAGUCCGAAUACGUACGAGCAAGAGCAAGAUGCGAUAGCAGAAUUAGACUCAGUGAUUGACAGCUAUCACAAGAAGGCGAGCAACAGCAAUAAUGGUGUUCUAAAGCGCAGCAAACGUCGCGGUGCUGAGAAGAUGGAGAAGAAUGGCGGCACGUGGCCGAAGGCGCGCGGUGGACCUCUCAUACAAAAUGGGACCGGUACUAUAUUGCACCCGCGCAAGAAAGAACGUUUCCCCCUCAAUGCAUUCCUGCAUCCUGCACAAAAAUACGAUAACUAUAAUUAUAACCGUAUCUCAAACCCUAUCCCUUUCACCAACUUUUCCAAUGUGAAUAAUCGUCAUACCGUUUACAAAGCAGUGGAGACCCCGCUACCGAGCUUCACCAAGACUACCGGGCAGCUCUUUAGCCAGAAGCCACCGUCGUUCGCGCCGGCAGUGCAGUUCAAGGACAUCCCGAUCGACGGCGGCGGUAAGAAACCGCCGUCGACGGAGUUCGAGAGCAGCGCGUCAGAGACCGGGCGGCUCGGUUCUACACUUGCGCCGUCCGAGACCAGCAUUGAUUUCUCGGUCAAGUCCGGCAGCGGCGGCGGCGGCGGCGGCGCCGGCCGCGACGUCGACUCGUACUACGCGAAUAAGCGGUCGCAAAAGUACACCGGCGGCAGCGGUAGCGACACGCAAGUGACCACGGACACGCUGCAACACAAUCGCGUACACUCGCAGCUCUACUCCUCGGGCAUCGGCGGCUCGUCCACGUCCGCCGCGUCGACCACCAGCGGGCCGACGUCGCGACAGCAAAUGGCGCCCGGUAACUUUCCGUUUCCCACACAUCACACGCAACCGUACACCACUGUACCAACGUCGCACCACCUGCAUCACCUGCAUCCGCAUCCAUCUACCACGCAGCACCAGAAUUCCUUGCCUUCGCGUUACCCUUCGCCGCCGUCGCUGCCAUCCGCUCAAUCAGGCGAGUCCAUAGGUCUGCCCGACAUGCGCACCUAUUGUUUCGAGCCCCCGUAUAGCCCUGGACCCACGCAAACAACUACCACCUUCGGCGGUCACCUACACACACCCUCUGUAGAUCUGCACUAUCACAAACCACGCGCGUUGCCACUUGGUAUACCUUGCGACACAUCUGUUUACGGGCACGGAUACGAGGGCGGCACAUUACCGGGUCGAAAGGAGGACCAGCGCAUUCGUAUACCAUCCAACACCAGUGUCACGUCCAAGAGUAGCGUUGGUAAAUUGUCCACUGGCAGCAUAGAGAGAACCUCCGAGCGCGGCAGUCCGAUGCCGACGUUCCACGUGGAAGUGUUGAGCCCGGGCACGGGCAGCAGCAGCGGAAUCGGCAGCAGUGGUGGCACCGUGAGAGGUAGCGGCGGCGGUAACAAACGCGCAAGCAUGCCAGACUACUGUUACUCGCAGCCGCGCCCGGCACCCGGCGAACUCCGCAGGGUCCACAUAGACAAGUCCGUGGAACCGCUGGGAAUACAGAUCUCGUGCCUGGAAAGCGGCGGCGUGUUUGUUUCUACCGUAUACGAACACAGCUUGGCAUCACAGGUCGGCCUGCAGAUCGGCGACCAGUUGUUGGAAGUUUGCGGUAUAAAUAUGCGAAGCGCAACUUAUCAGCUAGCCGCCAAUGUUCUACGUCAGUGUGGUAAUUCAAUAACAAUGCUGGUGCAGUACAGCCCGGACAAAUAUACUGAAUUAGAAGGCUCAGCGUCUUCGAGUUCAUCGGAAGCUGGCGAUGGAGCCGCAACUGGGAGUCGCAGCGGCUCGCCGACACCGUGCAACAGUCCGGAAGCUCCUCGAAAGAGUACGGUAGAAACACUGGAACCUGCUGAGCCGGAACGCGAUGCCACUAUUACUAUCACCACCACUGCUCCCACCGUCACCACAACUGCCGCCGCUCCCACCAUGAGUACGCUACGUGUCGAACGGGAUAUGCGGCCAUCCGCCUCAUUGGAGGUGAGAAGUACGCAAGACCGCGAAGGCCUUCGCGAAAUGAGACCCUCCGCGUCACUGGACACGUCGUUCAAUAUCCGCAAACCGGAAUUGCGCAGCGCUGCCACGCUAGACCGAUUGACUCGAGCGCAGAUGCAACGGCAGAACGCAAUGAGAAGUCCCACGCAGGAGGACCAGAACCGAAAACCGCCACCGACCGGCGAGCCCCGAUAUCUACUGAUCGAGACCAGAAAAUGCUCGAAUCUCGGCAUAUCGCUAGUAGGUGGAAACGGUGUCGGUAUUUUUGUGCAUUCCGUUCAGCCAGGCUGUCUCGCCGAGGAGGCUGGUCUAUUCGCUGGCGAUAGGAUCUUGGAGUACAAUGGCGUGGAUCUAAGACAAGCAACCGCCGAACAAGCGGCGCUUGAACUAGCCCGACCGGCGGACAAGGUGACAUUAGUUGCUCAGUAUAUGCCGGAGCGAUAUAACGAGGUAAAAGACAAGCCAGGCGACAGUUUCUAUGUGAAAGCGCUAUUUGAUCGAACCGGCGAGGUGGGUGACAGCCUGCAGUUGCGAUUCAGCAAGGAUGACAUCUUAUAUGUGGAUAAUACCAUGUUCAAUGGCACGCCGGGCCACUGGCGCGCCUGGAUAGUCGAUCAGACCGGUCGUAGACAGACUUGCGGGAUAAUUCCCAGCAAAUUUAAGGUUGAAGAAGAAUUGCUGUUACGACGGUCUCUGGGUGAUUUGGAACAAGAUACUGGCAAGCGCAGUGAUACUAGAGCAAGGAGGAGUUUCUUCCGUCGGAAAAAGCAACAACAACGGUCGUCUAGCAGUAGAGAUAGUUGCAAAGAAUUGUCACAUCUUACAGGAGUCAAUUUGGGAUGGUAUAGCGAUAGUGGGACGUUAAACGAGGAUACUCUUCCAGCGAGCUAUCAGCGCGUCGAGAGACUCGAUUAUCCCACUCUGAGACCAGUAUUAAUCAUCGGUCCGCUCAGCGAAUGCGUGGUAACGAAACUUUUGCAAGAAUAUCCGGGUCAAUUCACCAGAUGUCUAGCAGAAGCUAUGCAUUGCUCGCAGUCGACUUUGGAGCAAGGGUUACGCGAUUCACUCUAUGUGGAUUAUAGAAAAAAGGGCAGUUACUUCGAAUGCACAACAGUGCAAGCCGUUAAAGACAUAUGUGAGAAGAAUACUCACUGCAUUUUGGACGUAUCAAUGGCUUCCAUCGAAAGGCUUCACAGACAUCAAAUUUAUCCUAUCGUCCUAUUACUCAAAUUCAAAGAUAGGACGCAAAUUAAGGAGGUAAAAGAUUCCAGAUAUCCGAGCGAUAAAAUUAGUACAAAGGCUGCAAAAGAGAUGUUUGAACAGGCGCUCAAAAUAGAAGCGGAAUACAAGCAUUAUAUCUCCGCCGUGAUUCCGGCGGGUGUGAGUGUAGCGUACAUAUGCACGCAGGUGAAAGCCUCAGUGGAUGAAGAGCAAAGCAAAGCGCUGUGGAUUCCUAGAGGGGGUCCCUGACACAAAAGGGGGGGUCCCCACAAACCACAGUGGAAGUCAAUCUAAAUUCCACCAGGGGGCCCUUACGUCGUGCACAUAUGCAAAAAUUGCUGUGCAAAAUAAAUUCUUUUAUUUAUGGUCUCUUUAUUUCUUUAUUGAUCAGAAGAUGUACAAUCUUAUCUUUUUUUUAUUUGUAUGUGUUUAACGAGGAAUCACUCAAUUUGGUUGUGAUAAAGACGAAAUCUUGUGAAGAAAAUAUUUUUAUCGUAUUUACUCAUUAAAUUGUCAUAAAAUAGGUACGUACCAAUAUUUUAUUGUUAUUAUUAUCGAAAACUAAAUUAUUUCGCUGAUUCGUAGUUGCAUAAGGUUCUUUUCGCAUUUAUCCGCAUUAUAUAUCAACAUAUAGCUAAUCUGUGAUCACUAAAUCUAUAAAAAUCUGAGUGGAGCAGGAUGUUUACUCUCGAGGAAAACUGGGAAAACCUGGAAUUUUUAGAAGGUUUUUUAUCCUUCAAAAUCAUGGUUUUUAUAGGAUUUUAUUGAUACUAAAAAAAUUUGGAAAUUGUAAAUUAUCUUAAAUUUGAUUUCUAUUUCUAUUUUAACAGAAUUGUUUCUUUUUUUUAUUUUUCUCGUAAUUGAUAAAUUUUUCCUUACAAAAUGUUGAUGAUUGAUGUUUAUUUAUGUAUAUUUUUGUACAACUCGCGAAUUUUUAUUUAAAGAAAGAUAAUACAAGGUUCUAAAUUGUUGCAAAUUUAAUCAUUUUUGGAAUUCUAUACUUCUAUGGCCCGUUUCUAUCAACGUAGGUUAACUUUAAUCUCGGUUUAAUUUACUUGUUAUCUCAUUCUAGUUCCAAAAAUUAGAAAGAGGUAAAGAGUAAGUUAAACCGGGGGCUAAAAUUAAUCUACGUUGGUAGAAAUGGGCUUAUAUCAGCUAAAUCUGUAUAUCGCAGAUUAUUAUAUGCUUUAGUUUAUAUUAUUUAUUUUCAAUAUUUUCUUAAAUUUUAUAUUUAAAACUCAAGUUUUUGUAAGUAUAUGAUUAUUAAAAAGCGUAUAAUAAAAAAACUAAAUUAUAUAGUAAAUUAAUAUAAAAUAAAAUUUAAAUGCAAUAAUAAACUCUUUAAUCUGGAGUUUUGAAGAAAAUCUAGUUUGAAUAAAAACUUCGAAAAAUCUAGGGGAAUUUUCUCAAGGAAUUCCUUCACAAGAUUGAGUGAACACUUAUAGAAACAACAAAGUAAAUUUAUCUUUGAGAGAAUGAUUUUUCUCUUGUCUUUUUGGAAUUGACUUUUGUGAUGAAUAUUACAAGUGAAAUAUUGUGAACUUGGUGCUUGCCUUUCUAAGUAUUUACUUGCUCUAAGUAUUUACUUGCUCAUUAUUGAUUGGCUAAAGAUCGCAAACAAUUCGUGUUCAAUAGUCAUUUUGAUUCAAUUUUCGAAGCGUUAGAUCAAACAGUGCAACAGGAAAUGCAGCUGAAAUAAAGAUAAGACUAACAAUUCGUGUGAGACCAUAAAUGAACUGUUACACUCAUUGUGUUAUGGCCCGUUAUAAAAUUGGUGGAUUACAGUAUUGACUGUUAGUAAAAAUAAGUUAUGGUCAUUAAUGGCAAUUAAUUAACCCUUCAGACCAAAUUAGUGAAAAGUUGGUUAUUUUAAGUAGCAAAA